UUGCACUUCUUGGUGGAGUAUAAAAGCGAUGCUUCCGUGUCGUUUCUUUCAUUCAGAGUUGUCAGGAUGAAAACGUUCGCGCUUCUAGUUGCCCUGUUCGCUGCGGCCAACGCCGACAUCGAUUGGUCGAAGGUGCGCCCGAUCGAGGAAUUCGACCACUACUGGGCCCGUCUGCCGCAGGAGCUGCAGAUCUACCGGUAUGCUCAACCGUCGCACCGUGUCGUCAACGGCCAGGAGGCUACGCCCGGCCAGUUCCCGUACCAGAUCGCUCUGCUGAGCAACUUCCUCAUCGGUACCGGUCUGUGCGGUGGCUCCGUCCUGACCAACAACUACGUCCUCACUGCUGCUCAUUGUGUUAUCAUGGGCACUUCGACUGUGGCUCUGGGAGGUAACGCCAUCAUGGGAGCUCACAACCGUGACGCUCCGGAACCGUCGCAGCAGAUUAUUGCUUUCACGUCCGCGGGCAUCAGUGCUCACCCUGGCUACUCUUCGGCGAACAUCCGCAACGACAUUGCCGUCGUGCGCCUGAACUCUCCGAUCACCUUCACCGAUCGUAUCCAGCCUGCCCGUCUGCCGGCCCGCUCGGACACCCGCCAGUUCGGUGGCUUCACCGGUACCGUGUCCGGAUUCGGACGCACCUCGGACGCUAGCCAGGCUACCUCGUCUGUUGUGAUGUUCACCAGCAACCCGGUCAUGACCAAUGCUGACUGUAUUGCCCAAUGGAACGCUGUCCUGAUCGAGCCCCAGAAUGUGUGCAUGAGCGGUGAGGGUGGUCGCUCGGCCUGCAACGGUGACUCGGGUGGCCCGCUUGCCGUCCAGGACGGAGGAAGCCUCCAGGUCGGUGUUGUGUCGUUCGGAUCUGCUGCUGGCUGUGCGAUCGGCAUGCCGUCGGUGUACGCUCGCGUAUCGUUCUUCUUGGAUUUCAUUGAGGCCAACUCUGACUUUGUUGCUGCUGCCUAAGGAUUGAGGAUAGCUUAAUAAACUAACACAUUGUGAACAAUAUGAACAAUGCA